AUGCACUUCAAACGCUCCCUUACCAUUGUCGGCUGCCACGCCGAAGGUGAAGUCGGCGAUGUAAUCACAGGCGGCGUGAUAGACGUCCCCGGAAGCACCAUGUUCGAAAAGCUACGCUACUUUGAGACCAAAAAGGACGACCUGCGCCAGUUCCUUCUCAACGAACCCCGUGGCCGCGCGCCCAUGAACGUCAAUCUGAUCCUUCCACCAUGUGAUCCGCGAGCAGAUGCAGGGUUUCUGAUCAUGGAGAGUAAUGAAUAUGCGCCCAUGUCUGGAUCAAAUACAAUCUGCACGACGACUGUGCUUUUGGAGACGGGGAUGAUACCCAUGAAAGAGCCCGUUACGGAUGUGGCACUUGAUACGGCGGCGGGAUUAGUUACUGUUACUGCUGAGUGUGAAGGCGGAAAAUGUAAAAGUGUGGAGUUUAACAAUGUCCCCUCGUUUGUGUUGGAGCUUGAUAUGAAGGUGGAUGUGCCGGGCAUUGGGGAGAUAUCAGUUGAUAUUGCGUAUGGGGGCAUGAUGUAUGUUCUGGUUGAUGCUACUUCAGUUGGGUUGGAGGUUCAUAAUCGGUUUGCGCGGCAGUUAGUUGAUGUUGGGGAGCGAAUUAAGAGGGCCGUUAGAGCGGUUUAUAGACCAGUGCAUCCGGAGAAUGAUGGUAUUACGGGAUUUAGUGUGCUGGCAUUCACUGCGCCUGUCAAAAUCGAGGAAGAUGGCUGCAAAGCUGCUAGCAACGCGGUGGUCGUUUCUCCUGGACGCUUUGAUAGAAGUCCAUGUGGUACGGGGACGUGCGCACGACUGGCCGUGAUGCAUGCCAGAGGCGAAUUGAAGGAAGGCGAGAUAUUCAAGCAUCGAAGCAUUAUUGGCACGGAAUUUGUGAGCCGCAUCCGUGGUCUCACUACAGUGGGAAAGUAUCCUGCUGUUUUACCCACAGUCAAGGGUCGAGGUUGGAUAACGGCGUUCAAGCAGGUUGUUCUUGACCCAUCGGAUCCGUUUCAGGAGGGCUAUAGAUUGGGGGAUCAGUGGCCUGUUGCUGAAGAUGAGGGAUACGAAGAGGGUAGUGUCACUGUAUCUGCAAAUCAGUAA